AUGUCCUCGUCUGACCUGCACGAGUUUGUGAUGCGUUGGCCGCAUACCGACGCUAACGAGGUUCUUGUCACCGGUACUUUUGACCAGUGGUCUUCGUCUGUUCGCCUGGAGCGAACGCCGACAGGAUUCGAAGGCCCUGUACGCAUCCCAUAUGGCGAGAAGAUCCAAUAUAAGUUCAUUGUCGACGGCAUGUGGGUCACCGACGAGGCAGCUCCUUCUGAGGCCGACGGAGGAUUCGUGAACAACGUCUACACCGCUCCAGAGAAGCCUGUUCCUGCACCCGAGCCGACCAGUGCAGCAGAACCCGAGCCUGCCGUUCCUUCAACCACAACUGGGCCUGAGCCUGAGCCGGUCAGCGAGCCUCUCGCCGAGGCUGCGCCUGAGCCUGUGGCCGAACCCACUCCUACACCCGCAACAGAGGCCGCCUCCGAGGCCGCCAUUGAGCCGGCUCCCGAGCCCGUCGUCAAUGGCUCGGUCAUCUCUGCCGCGAAGGAUUUCGCUGAGCAGACCCUUUCUGCGCACGAUGCCGCGACCCCUGCUGCCGACGAGCAACCGAAGACGCUUCUUGACGACGUCAAGGACACGGCUGCCCCGGUCACUGAUGCUGCAUCCGCAUUUGCUGAGCAGCUCAACGGCGGCAUCGACGCUCCGACCCCACAGGCUGCUGAGCCAACCAAGACUAUGUUCGACUACGUCAAGGGCGCUGUCGCAUCGUUCGUCCCGAGCAUCAGUCCCAGGUCCACAUCUCCCCCGGCACCUGCCAGCCCGCCCCCGAUGCCCGCCCCUGAGCCUGCUCCGGAGGUGAAAGACGCUCCUGAUGUGCCCGUUGGCAUCAUCCCUGUUGCUUCGACUGAGGAGCCGGCAACCACCGCUCCUGAGCCCUCCGUCGUGCCGGGUACCGCAGUCGUUGCUGCUGGCGAAGAUGUGCCCCCGGUUGGCUCCACGCACAUCCCAUUGCCUGCCGCCAACGCUCCGAAGGUUGUCGAGGCCACUGUCCCCGCGGUUGAUGUUGCACCAGUGCAGAUUGAGAAGAUUGAGACGACGGCGAAUGAGCCCCCUCCUGAGGCGGCGCCUCCCGUUCUUGCUGCAGAGCCCAUCAGCGUCUCGAAGGACGAGCCCAAGGAGACUACACCCACCGCCGCGCCUGUCAGCAGUGACGUUACUGCCGGUGGUCUCGUUUCGUCGUCGAACUCCAACUGGGCUGCCAUGAUGGCUGCGGCGAUGCCCAAGCCUAAGCCUGUCACAGAUGCCGCUCCGGUGGCUGCUGUCCCGACCACGGCUACAGUUGCCUCUCCCCAGGAGACAACACCGGCGGAGACCGUCUCUGAGGAUAAACCCAUUGCUCCUGAUGUCCUGGCGGCGCCCCCUGUCGAGGCCGAGAACAAAGAAGUAGCUUCGGUCGAACCGCCGAAGCUCACUGAAGAGCCUAAGGCUGUUGAGGAGGUGAAGUCGACUGAGCCCAAGGCCUCUGAGACUACAUCGGCCUCUGCGCCUUCUACGCCCAAGAAGGAGACGCCCUCGGCACCCGCUACUCCUGCCAGUAAUGGCAAGCCCACUACAACGCGCAGCGGCACUCUGCGCGGCCUCAAGUUCCCUGGUCAUCGGCGGCAGAGCUCGGGAGACGUUACGCCUGAAAAGAGCAGGAGCGUCUCAGAGUCUGUCAAGGACUCGUCGCGCAAGAAGCGCCUCAGCAUCUUCGGCAAGGUCAAGGAGGCUUUCCAUAAAGACAAGACGCCUGAGAAGGCAUAA